CACUAAGUGCUUAAUUUUGUUGAAGCAAAGGAGUGUUAGAAGGUGUCAGAAGCCACAAUGUCAGGUAAAAACUUCCAGGGACUGAAGGAACAGGCUGAAGGUGCAGCAAAAAAUGCCGAAAGCACACUGGGACGGGUUACUCAGGAUGCAGUCAACCAGAUUACAGAUGCAAGCCAGAAAGCUAUUGACAAGGCUUCCAAGAUGGCGCAAGAUGGAGUAGAAAAAGCAAGCGAACAAGCUGCAGAAGCAAUGUCUGGCCUUGGGAAAAAAUGUGGAUUUAAGAAAUGAUGCUAAUCUAAGCAAACAGUAUCGCAUGUAAAAAGCUCUCUUUGGUCUGCAAUUCCCUACUCCUUUGUGUAGAAAAAUGAAAGUUGUUUGAUACCUGAAUAAUUUCUCUUCAAAUAGAAAAUUUUAAGGCAGAAGGCCCCCCUCAUCCUUCAUAUGAGAAUAAUACAUCUUUUAGCACAACUGCUCACAAUCUUCAGCAUGGCUCAUAAGGCUUCAGCAAUGCUAUUGCCCUACUCUUACAACAGCGCAAUGAUUAUUGCCACAUUUGCUGAGUGUAUUUACAAAACCAGUGAAACUGUUCAUACUCCAGGACACCCAAACAAUUGUAUGAUGAAACUGAUUUUCCUUCCAGUAAGCAAAAGUUAAGCUGGAGUUAUAUUUCUUGUCAAUUGUUUGUUUGUUCCCAUCUACU